GGUGUACCUGUGAAUGUAUUUCAAGGCCUACCUUCAAACUCAGUGCCUCUUUGCUUGACAUCAUGGGAAAAUCAAAAGAAAUCAGCCAAGACCUCAGAAAACAAUUGUAGACCUCCACAAGUCUGGUUCAUCCUUGGGAGCAAUUUCCAAACGUCUGAAGGUACCACAUUCAUCUGUACAAACAAUAGUAUGCAAGUAUAAACACCAUGGGACCACGCAGCCGUCAUACCGCUCAGGAAAGAGACGCAUUCUGUCUCCUAGAGAUGAACGUACUCUGGUGCAAAAGUGCAAAUCCAUCCCAGAACAACAGCAAAGGACCUUGUGAAGAUGCUGGAAGAAAAAGGUACAAAAGUAUCUAUAUCCACAGUAAAACAAGUCUUAUAUCGACAUAACCUGAAAGGCUGCUCAGCAAGGAAGAAGCCACUGCUCCAAAACCACCAUAUAAAAGCCAGACUACAGUUUCAACUGCACAUGGGGACAAAGAUCAUACUUUUUGGAGAAAUGUUCACUGGUCUGAUGAAACAAAAAUAUAACUGUUUGGCCAUAAUGACCAUCAUUAUGUUUCGAGGAAAAAGGGGGUGGCUUGCAAGCCGAAGAACACCAUCCCAACCGUGAAGCACGGGGGUGACAGCAUCAUGUUGUGGGGGUGCUUUGCUGCAGGAGGGACUGGUGCACUUCACAAAAUAGAUGGCUUCAUGAGGAAGGAAAAUUAUGUGGAUAUAUUGAAGCAGCAUCUCAAGACAUCAGUCAGGAAGUUAAAGCUUGGUCGCAGAUCUUCCAAACAGACAAUGACCCCAAGCAUACUUCCAAAGUUGUGGCAAAAUGGCUUAAGGACAACAAAAUCAAGGUUUUGGAGUGGCCACCAUAAAGCCCUGACCUCAAUCCUAUAGAAAAAUUGUGGGCAGAACUGAAAAAGCGUGUGCAAGCAAGGAGGCCUACAAACCUGACUCAGUUACACCUUAGCCUGACAGAGCUGGUGUAUGUAAACUUCCGACUUCAACUGUAUGUUCCGAAAUGUUGACAUACAGUAUAUUAUAUCAAUCAUUUCCCCCUUUAGAUUUUCAGUAAAGUUGCUUUGUGCAGAAAAUGUCAGAACCGUUUGAUUGAAACCUCCGCAGGGACAGAAGGGGAUACUGAGGGUUUUUCUGAUCCACACCCCUAUCUGUGACCAACAGAUGCCUAUCUGUAUCCCCAGUCAUGUAAAAUCUGUAGAUUGUUGCCUAAUUAAUUCAUUUCAAUUGACUGAUUUCCUUAUAUGAACUGUAACUUAGUAAGAUCUUUGAAAUUGCUGCAUGUUGCAUUUAUAUUUUGGUUGUUUGUGUGUGUGUGUGUACAAAAUAUAAAGAAUGGUCAAUCACACAAAGGACAACCAGGCAACUUGACACAACUGUGGGAAGCAUUGGAGUCAACAUGGGCCAGCAUCUCUGUGGAACGCUUUCAACACCUUGUAGAGUCCAUGCUCCGACAAAUUGAUGCUGUUCUGAGGGCAAAAGGGUGCAACUCAAUAUUAGGAAGGUGUUCUUAAUGUUUUGUGCACUGUGUAUAUUAAGAACUCACUCAACUUACUAUUGAGAGUAAGAAUAGUAGAAUACACCAGGUACAUUUUCGAAACUUAGUUGUGCAUCAGCAGUUUUUCUGUCAGUCACUGACAGUUACUCAAUUAGCCAUGUCAGUUAACCAUUUUUAGAUUGGUUUAGUUUAGCCAGCCAUCUAAACUUGAUUUAAAAACUGUGUUAGUCAUUCUCACUCAAAUAUCAAAUGAACAUGGCAUAAGUCAUUAGAAAAUGUGUAGAAUUGCAUUCUCUCUCUAUCCCCCAACCAUAUCUUGCUAAGGGCCUCCAAAAGGCUGUCCAGAGCUAAGGGUCAAUAGACACUGCUGGAUACCAUUCUUUGAGUGCAGAGUGGAGGCGCAAGUGUGUCAGUGUCACUUUCCUGUAAACCCAGGUUAGUUAACGUUUGGGGGUUCUGAGUCGAUAUGACUUCUUCCUUCGCAUGGUUAGACCGCACAAACACCAUACACACUAACACCCCAUACCGUUCUCAGUUCUUACGAAGUGCAGCAGACUCCCGAUGAAAGCAGGCUGAGUAGCUGUAAGCUUUUUCAUGUGGCAGUUUCUACUUCCCACUGUGUGUGCUUCUGAAACUAUCAUUUUCUGCUGCAUCACUGUUUACAAAUAAAAAUAUACAUGCACAAUCCUCUCUAACUUAAAUUUUUAUUUAUAUAGGUGCAGCAGUCCCCCUACUCUACCCAAAAGCUCAAACUUUCCUCAUAGGUCAUAUGUAGUUCUGUGGGGCCGUGAGUACAAGUGAGGGGUUUUCUCAAGAAGUCUUUCUAGGUUGUCCUCUUUGUCUGGCCCCACGGUGAGAUGAACAAAGUGGUUAGAAGGGCGCAGGUCAGCUAAACACCCCACUUCCUCUCUCUAUAGCGUUGCACUGUGCCAAGACCCCACUAAGGAGAGGUGUGCAAUGGUUUGGAGAGCAUAUUAAAGAAACACUUUUUCAAUGUUUAAUGACACUGUAAUAAACUAUCACUGCGUCUUUAACUUCCAUUUUCUAAGUCUGUGAGCGUAUGUGCACAUAGAUGUAUGAAAGUGUGUGCGAAAAGUGUAAAUUAGUUUCUCUACUCUGAGGUCAUUAUCUACCUGCCCUGCAACAGCACCAGUCACCUGUCUAAGUUUCAUUUUGACAGAGGAGAGGAUGGCGAGAGUGAGUGCGAGGUGGUGUGAGCUUGUCACAGACCCACCCAGCAUGGGGUGGAAGCUGUGGGUUCCAGUCGCCUUGAUAAUUAUAAAAAAAAAUAGAAGCACACACCUCCUGCACACAGAGGCGACACACACCUCUCACACAGACUGCACCAUGAGCGGUACCCAGGGCUAUAUAUACCCCCAGGUGUUUCUAGUGGACCGCAGUGGAGGUCCACAGCCGUCGAUCCAACCUCCAGGCCUGGUACCUUGCUGGUCCUUCCCUCCUGCCCAGGAGAGGGUAAGGGAGCAGGGCAGGGCCAGGGGCUGCAGGGGGGUUGGCUCCUGGAGCCUGGUUGUGGCUUUGCUGUUUCUACUGCUGCUGGUGUUUGGGGCUCUGGGGCUGGGAGCCUACCAGAUACACAGGCUACAGACUCAACUGGAUGGGAUACAACAGGUUAACAUUGAGAGCCAAGGUUGUGCGCCUGAGAAGCUAGUGGGUGACCUUCCAGAGUCUGAUCCAGACACAGGGAAGAAGGCCAGCAGACCUGCAGCACACGUCAUAGGCCGUAUCGAGAAGGAUGUUUCCCAGAAUACCUUGCGUUGGGAGCCCAAGGCAGGGCGGGCCUUCACAGAGGGAGGCGUGGUCUAUCGGGAUGGUGGUCUGCAGGUCAACGAGACUGGGCUCUACCACAUCUACUCCCGGGUGCAGUUUGAGGCCAAUCACUGCACCCCUACAGAUGCCUUGGUUCACUCUGUGUUUGUGAGGAGGCCCUGGAGCUCAAAGCCUCUCACCUUGAUAGAGUCGCACAGGGAGGGCUACUGCAGCUCAGGCUCUAAUGGGCGUGUCUGGACCUCUGGGAGUUACCUGGGCUCCACAUUGCAGCUGGAGAAGCAGGACUGGGUCUAUGUGAACGUCUCCCACCCAGCCAUGCUCAGCCACACUCAUCAUGCCAACUUCUUUGGACUCCACAAGAUCUAGCAAAAAGGAUGAAAUCUGGAGUUGGUUUCAACUGAUAUUUCACUCAGAAAACCUAAACACUAAAAUGCUGGAGAAAAAAGUCGUAUUUAUUAUGAUAAAGAUCUGACACUGAUUCCAGCUGCAGGUCUGAAUGUAUGUUCAUUAGAACACAAAAAUUUGCAUGUUUGGGAUUUUAUAUACGUCAACAGGGAUCCAAUUUUUUAUAUUCUAAUAAAGGUAUUAAACCUUUUUUUUUUUAAAGUUCAGACAGAUCUUUGUCAGAUGUGAUUGUAUAACAGGAGGAUGAUUCGUGUUCUUUUAUUGUGUUUUUGGUUUGUGUUUUUUGCUAUGUCCCUUACAUUUUGUUCUCUCAAUCUGUCACUCCAUCGCUUCAUUAACAUUUUUUUUUAAUGUAACCUUUAUUUAACUAGGCAAGUCAGUUAAGAACAAAUUCUUAUUACAAUGACAGCCUAAAUAUUUCAUCACAGUUUGCAGACCUCCAAGUUUAUGGUUGAGCCGGUGUGGACAUGAAACUAAGGUUAGGGUGGGGUUGAGAUAUGAAAAGGGCUGACUGAUUUACAGUGAUUAUACAGAACUGUGGGGAAUUGUGUUUCUAUCGCUGAGCACGUUGGAGUCUGGCCCUGAAUGACAUGAAUGAAAUGCUUACUUUACACUAAAGUCAUUUUACCCACAAACGCAAGCAGACUUUCCCCUGUAAUUGUCAGGUUGUGCGCUACUGGUGUAGAAGUCCGGUGCAGGAGAGCAGAGAGUUGUGAUCAGGCGCACACUUUAUUUGGCAGAAGCAAACAACAGACGGACGUAACUGCGUCAAACAAACCUCCAGCCAAAGGCAAAAGUGAAAAGUGCAACAAAGUCACCAAGAUGCAAAAUGUUUAACAAUUAAACAUACUACGGGUUGAACAUGGUACCUGGAGAAAAAACAGCCUGGCGUGUCACACAAAACACGCAACAAAAACAAUUCCACACAAAGACAUGGGGGGAACAGAGGGAAUAUAUAUGUAGUGUGAUUAGGGAAUGUAAACCAGGUGUGAGGGGAAACAAGACAAAACACAUGGAACAAUGAAAAGUGGAGCGGCGAUGGCUAGAAGGCCGGUGACGUCGACCGGAAGUCGUGACAG